UUCGUAUUUUUCGUGUUCCCGAAACCCGACCCACCUUUUCCUCUCUCUCUCUCUCUCUCUCUCUCUCUCCGGUCAAUAUCCGCCCCUUCCCAUCAGUUCUGUCACCCCGGUGAUCGAUCGACGAUCACCGACCGCCUCCUCCUCAAUGGACGAGUUUUCCGGCAUCCUCGAUCGUGAUUUCGGGCUCCGGUCGCAGGGCAAGUCUACCCCCAUAGCCUCCCCCAGCACCGCCGCCACCGUAGGAGGAGGGCGCGGAGAAGGCCCAAACCUUUGGUCCGUCCGGGACGGAUCCUCUGACUCGACCUCCUCGUGGGAGAAUCCAUCAUCCGGCUGGAACUCCGCCUCGAUCGGCGAUCCCUUCCUCCGGGAUCGCGGAGCUGGCAUCUCGAAGGAUUAUGAUUAUGUCUUCGUAGGCGUUCCUACGAACUCGAGUUGGUCCUCUCGUGGACAGUAUGCCUCGUCUUCAUCGCCGUCGAACUUUGACUCCAUAUUCAACGGCUUUGCGGAUUCCGGGACGAAGUCCUCGUCAUCUUUGCCCGUGUACGAUAAGCCGGUAUAUGACGACGAUAUAUUCGACGGGGUUCCUGGCACGAAGAGCUCGUCAUCGGUUAAGUAUGACGAUGCUUUUGCUUCCCUUUCAUCAGGAUCUAAUCAUGUUUCCGCACCACCGUAUGAGGAUCUCCUUGAGAACCUGGGGAAGCAAAUGCCGGAGUCAAGGGCUGGUAGUGAUAAGAGAUCUGGGGAGAAGGAGGAGCAGGAUAUGUCAGGGUUCGAUGAGCUAAUUCCUGGAUUCGGUAGGAGCAGUCCACCGAAGAAAAGGGAAGACCAAGAGGUUAGCCAACAGAUGUCAGAUAUCUCAUUAGAUAAACCAGCUACCAGCAAGUCUGAAGAUUCCUUUGUUAUUUUAGAAUCAGUAUCUAACUCAAAAUAUUCAUCAUCUGGGUUGUUCUCUAACCCUUUAAAAAAUAUUAGUGAGCCUAUGAACUUUGGAAGCAUGCGAGUUGACACUUCUCCUGUUAGUGAGACAAUAUUUGAUGAUGUUAAUGCUUUUGAUGGAAUCUCAAAAUCAGUGCCACUAUCGCAGCAGGUGCAGUCUACAAAAUCUUCUGACUUGCAAAAUACUGUUGGUAGAAAUGGUAUUCAAAAUAUGGACACCUAUGGAAAAAACACCACGGUGGAUCAAUCCCCAGAGUUUAAUCAGCCUAUUGAAACCAGAGAUGACAUCUGGCUUACUGUUUCAGAAAUUCCCCUUCAGACUCAACCUACCAGUGCUCCGCCACCUUCAAGACCGCCACCUCCACUUGUCAUCAAGAAAGCUCCUCUUGGUGCUUAUACAAAAAGGAAGGAAAAUGAGUCUUUCCAUGAUUCUACGCAGAGCCAUCCUUACAAUGAAAAAUCAGCUAAGCCAGCUUCAGUUGAUGAACUUGAAGAUUUUGCUAUGGGUAAACCUAAAACAUAUACUCAAGUAACUCAACAUCACGAAGACUUUUUCUUCAACGGAGAAGAAUUACAGAAACAAUUAGCUGCAGAAGCUGCUAUGAAGGAGGCCAUGCAUAGAGCUGAGGCAAGGUUCAAACAUGCUAAGGAGGCUAGGGGAAUAGAUCGUGGUGCCAAAGUUUCAAGGAACGAAGAAUAUAUAGAUGAAAAAAAAAAUCUAGAUGGUGAGGAUCUAGAAGACACACAGAGACAAGAAGGAUCAGACCACGAGCGAACACUGAAGGAAAGGGAGGGAAAAGAAGAGGAAAAGAGACUAGAAAAGGAGAGAGAGCAAGAAGUUGAUAGGGAAAGAGAAAAGGCUAGACAAGCUGCAGCAAGGGCUAUAAGAGAGGCAAGGGAUAGAGCAGGUGCUGAAGCUCGACUAAAAGCUGAGAGGGCAGCUGCUGAAACACGUCAACGAGCUGAGAGAGCAGCAGUGCAGAGAGCAGCUGCUGAGGCACGUGAAAGGGCUGCAGCAGUGGCUAUAGAAAGAGCUGAAAAGGCAGCUGUAGAAGCGAGGGAAAAGGCUGCUGCAGAAGCAAAGGAAAGGGAAAGGGCUGCUGCAGAAGUGAGGGAAAAGGCAGCUGCAGAGGCCAGGGAAAAGACUGCUGCAGAAGCAAGGGAGAAGGCUGCAGCUGAAGCACGAACUGCCGUAGAGAGAGCCGCAGCAGAAGCACGGCUAAGAGCCCAAAGAGCUGCAGUAGAAAGAGCUGCCGCAGAAGCUCGGGAAAGGGCUGCUGCAGCAGCUCGAGAAAGGGCUGCUACUUCUGCUGCUGCCGCUGUCAGAGAACAUCAGAAAGUAGAAAAUGAUCUAGAGUCGUUCUUCAGCAUGGGUGGUGCUCGAGCAAGUAGUGCACAUACCUCAUCAGAAACUAUGUUUGAUGUUAAAGAUCAGAACAAAGGGAGUUCUGAUGGAACAAGGAGAACAUCCUCAGGUUCCUCAUCUACCAUUAGAAAGGCAUCUUCCACAACUAAUAUUGUUGGUGACCUGACUUCCAUUUUUGGAGGCCCUCCAUCAUCUGGCAAAUUUCAAGAAGUUGAAGGAGAGAGUGAAAAAAGAAGAGCAGCCAGACUUGAGCGUCAUCAGAGGACACAGGAACUUGCGGCAAAAGCUCUGGCUGAGAAAAAUGAGCGUGAUAUGCAAAUUCAGAGAGAGCAGGCUGAAAGACAUAGGAUUGCUGAAGCAUUAGAUAUAGAGAUAAAACGAUGGGCUGCUGGAAAAGAAGGCAAUUUGCGUGCCUUGCUAUCAACACUACAAUAUGUGCUUUGGCCUGAAUGCGGCUGGCAACCUGUAUCUUUGACUGAUUUGAUUACUGCUGCUGCGGUCAAAAAGGUUUAUAGAAGAGCUACUUUGUGCGUCCAUCCUGAUAAGGUGCAGCAAAAAGGUGCAACUCUUCAACAAAAGUAUAUUGCUGAGAAGGUUUUUGAUCUCCUCAAGGAAGCUUGGAACAAGUUAAACUCUGAAGAACUCUUUUAACAAGUCCACGAGAUGACUCCCUGCUACAUGAGCUACUGCAAGGAUAAGUAUGUGAUCAUAUUGAGUAAAGCCUUAGUGUGCUCUUUAUUUAUUAUAUUCUUUGUACUUCCUGUAUGAGUUGAUCAGUGUUGCCCUAUAGACGCCUGCUGCAGUAUAAAUCAGUUUUCUGUUUGACUGAUGGAAAUGAAUGUCCCUUUUUUUUUUUC